GCUCCGAGGGCGCAGGCCCCGCAGGAGGCGCAGCCCCCGCCCGUCGUCCACGACCUGCGGCCGCGCUGCUUCCGGAGGCUCCGCUGGCUGCUCCUCGCGAACUUUCUCUGCUUCUGGCUGGCGGCCGCGCACUGCGGGUACUCCUACCACGUCCGUGUGGCGGAGAUGGGCCUCAAGGCCCCGCCCCCGCUGGAGGUGAGCCUGCUGACGGUGUUCGUGCUGGGGACGCAGGCCACGGUGGAGCUCGCGGUGUGCGCGUGCCUAACGCGGCCCGCCAGGGCCAUGGAGGCCCGGAGCACAGGGUUCCGCUCCUGGGACGGGGCCGCGUGGCUCACAGGCAUGGGCGCGCGCGCCUCCGUGCUGCUGGACGUGCAGUGCCUGCCCCUCAUGAGGCGCGGGUCCAGCCUCCUGUUCCUGCUCUCCCUCGCGACCUUCGCCUUCGCUAUCGGCAUCUUCGUGUUUGUGGUCCAGCUGCGGCUUCUGGCCGGACUAUUCCUGUCUCAAGACAACUUCUCCUACGACAAGCCGGACCUCUUCCUCAAGGGCAGGGACGCGCACGGGUGGCUCGAGGGCCAGCCUCUGGCGGCGCUCCCGCCCGGCGGCAGGGAGGACGAGGAGCAGCACGCGGAGCUGCGGGGAGACAGGGUCGUGCCAGUCAACACCGUCAAGGCGGCGAACUUUGCGCACUUCAGCGACCUGGCCAUGCUGCACGGAGUGAUUGAGACUCAGGAGUUUGUCAAGUCUGUGACAUCGUUCUCGAGGUGUUUCUGCGAGGACGUGGUCCAGUGCAGUGUGAAGUUUUUCUUCUUGAUGGACUGCGAGAUAAACUCGCUGGUGCUGGUCUCGCUGCUCGUUUCGGCGUCGCAGGCCAUCGCAUCCUGCCUGUUUGCGAGCACGGCCUCGAUCGAGCUGUCAGACAUCAGAAGCGACGACGAGCUGCACCUGCACGAGUGAGCUUGGACGUCUCGCUUCUGCAGGGCCGCCGAAAAGGUUGCGAGAGCAGAUGCCCCGGACUUUGGGUCUGCCUCGCAGGAUCCGUUUUGGCCCGAUCGGUGCG